AGCUUUACCAUUCCUAAGAGAAGAUGACGGCGUUCUACUGGACAAUUUUCCUGUUGGCGGCGCUGUGUCGUAAAACUGGAGGACAGUUUCUGGACCUGAAGAAUAUAACUGCCCGUGAUGCUUUCCUGUCCGGGACUCUGCCCGACGGCUUCCUCUGGGGAACGGCCACUGCUGCCUUCCAGAUCGAAGGAGGGUGGGACUCGGGAGAGAAGGGACCGUCCAUUUGGGACUGGUAUUCUCACCUGCCACAAAACGUGCCAUGGGGAGAUGUGGCAACUGACAGUUAUCACAAGUACAAAGAGGACGUUCAGAUGCACGUGAACACGAGCCUCAACUCCUACCGGUUCUCCAUCUCGUGGCCGCGCCUAUUCCCAGACGGUACCAACACCACCAUCAACCAAUAUGGCGUGGACUACUACAACAACCUCAUCAACGAGCUGCAGAACAACGGCAUAGAACCGCUGGUGACUUUGUAUCAUUGGGACCUCCCACAAAAACUCAAGGAACGCUAUGGCGGAUGGGUGAACGACACCCUGGUAGAGAUGUUCGAGAACUACGCCAGGUUCUGCUUUACCACAUUUGGUGACCGCGUCAAAUAUUGGACAACAUUCAACGAGCCCUGGUCCUUCGUUGCCGCCCUCGGUGACUUCAACAAUGACCCCGACUACACCAUGAAAUACAAAAUGGCACACAACGUGAUCAGAGCGCAUGCACGAGCAUGGCAUACCUACGAUGACGACUUCCGGUCUGCUCAGAAUGGAUCGGUCGGUAUAGUGAUCAGCUCCAUAUGGGGGGAGCCGGCAGACCUGCACAACCCGGCUGACCGCCAGGCGGCGACCAACUACAUGGAGUUCUUCUUCGGCUGGUUCGCCAACCCUAUCAUCGGGAACGGCGAUUACCCGGAUGUGAUGAAGCGGAUGGUGCGAGAGAGCAGACUGAAACAGAACCAGACGGUCUCUCCUCUUCCCGAGUUUACAGAGGAGGAGAAGAUGUACAACAAAGGGACUACGGACUUCUUAGGGAUCAACACGUACACGGCCAGGAUCAUAUCCGCCACCAAUGAGACACAGACAUGUCAUCCGGAUAACCACAACUUUGCCUCUGCCUGUGGGUUCAUGCCGGACCUGAUGGGAGUGAAGGAGACAGUCGGACCCGGAUGGUUCUACAUGGGCAGUAAUAUCUUCUGGUUCGCACCUUGGAACAUCCGGGGUAUCCUGCACUUCGUGCGGGAACGGUACAGAUACACAAAGCCGUUCUACCUAUCGGAGGUGGGGAUAGGCGAAACGUACAAGUACCACAGCCCGCCGAACUUGAACGACACCUGGCGGAUGUGCUUCUACAUGACAUACGCAAACGAAGCACUGAAGGCGGUCAAGCUGGACGGGGUUGACCUGAGAGGGUUCUACGCCUGGACACUGAUGGAUAACGUGGAGUGGGGCAGCGGACCGGACCUGGCUUUUGGACUCUACCAUACCAACUUCACCCACCCAUCGCGCAAGCGUACUCCCAAAAGGUCCCAGGGCCUGUACGGCUCCAUCGCUCGAGAGAACGGGUUCCCUGACAAUGCAAUCCAUGUGCGGAUGACUCGGGAGUGGUGGCAGUGGUGUCACAUGGACGAGGCGUACGCACCGACCCGGCACGGCUAUGUGGAGCCAACCAACAAGCCGGCUCCCUGCCCAUCGGUGUCCACAGCUCCAGCCGCACAGUCUCUGAUGUUCACCGGAAUACUCGGGAUCCUGGUCGUCCUUGUCGCCUUCUGCAGUCCCUAGUCUUUUAGAUGAUUCAUUUUAAGCCAAAAUUUCCAUACAUCAUAGCUCGUUUUUAAUUGAGAUAUUGGUUGUUUUUAUAACAAUAAUUGAUUAAAAAGGUACUGCUACUAAUCUAAAUUUAGAUGUAUCCUAUUUUGCUUAUCGCACGCGAUUAAACAUGGUUGUAGGGAAUGAUUCUCAUAGGGUUCAAAACUGCCUCGUUUUGUAAGCUAUAUAAGGUGUUUCUCCUUGGGCCACUCUUGUUUUUACCCCAUGUUGAAGACAUACAAAGUGUAAUGAAUAUUCUGUCACUUUCAUGAAGAAUUGUAUACUGUACUUGUAUACUAAUUAUUAGUUACAUUUUGGGAGGGUGCUCUGACCUGCUCAAAAUCUAUGGAACAUGAGCGACAUUUGGCGGAUUUAAAAAUCAUAACAUCGGGUCAUUGAGUGGAGCCUGAGACAACAUCAUAAUUCCAUGAUAGUACUUGAAGACGAUUUCAAUUGUUAAGAGUUCUGAGAUGUCCUAAAUUUCUAAAGACUCAGAAAAGUAACUAGGAGACCAUUCGUGUCAAGUUUAGAUGGAUGUUAUCUAUGUGUGACUAUGACGAACUUUUCAUGUGCCCAGAUACAUGUUGAUGUUAUUUGGUUGCGUUUCAACCCUCUUUGAAACCAGCUACUUACAGAACAAAAACACAUAGCUACCUAUUGCACAUUCGAAAGUACAAAUAUGUGUAAUAGAAUGUAACGUCGCUAGGUGGCGCGGCAAACAAGUAACGUUCCGUUUUAACUUAGAUUCAGUAUGUAUGUUCAGUACCAGGAGUUCGGAUGACUCGUUAUCAAGGCCUUUCUUUGAUUGCAAUGUGCUUGUAGUUAAUCAGUCGUCAUUUCUAAAAAUCUUGGAAUCCAUCAAACGAAUUAAUUCCAUGAAAUGAAGUAGCUGUAAACGUGUGUUUCAGUUUAUUAAUGUAAUACUCUGACAUGUAAUAAAGAUGUAGAAAGAUUUACCCAAGAACCUACCAAGAUUCUUUCCUAUUCUGGCGCGACUUCCCGCUCAGUGAUGUGGUUGUAGAGAAAG